AUGAGAGGCUGGUAUCAUGAUGGGAGUAAUUUAGAGGAUGCUUGUUUAAGAAUGGAUGGUGCUGAAGUUGUGUGGCCUUCCUGGAGAAGUAAAAACCUUGCAGUGCAGCCUCUGAUCCAACCUUUACCUGCUGCCUUGCUGCAGGACCGCCUGAUUGCGAUGUCACAGAUAGCACGUGACCAGGAACAUCCGGAUGUCACUAUUCCUCUGCAACCUGCUGAGUUACGAAGCUGUUCUGCAACAAGUGCAUCUCUAUCUUUGAUGCAUGGAAUGCUCCAUGAUGAGAUUGACUCUUUCUGUAAACAGGUUGCCUCAGAAAACAUGGCAAGGAGGCCUUACAUUAAUUGGGCUGUCAAGAGAGUUACCCGAUCUCUGCAGGUUCUAUGGCCAAGAUCCAGGACAAACAUAUUUGGUUCCAAUGCCACUGGUAUGGCUCUUCCAACAAGUGAUGUUGACCUCGUGGUUUGUCUCCCUCCAGUGAGAAACCUGGAACCUAUUAAAGAAGCUGGAAUAUUGGAAGGUCGUAAUGGUAUUAAAGAAACAUGUCUUCAGCAUGCAGCUAGGUAUCUUGCCAAUCAGGAAUGGGUAAAGAAUGAUUCUCUAAAGACAGUGGAAAAUACUGCUAUACCUAUUAUUAUGCUCGUGGUGGAAGUACCCCAGGAUGUUAUCACUUCAUCAGCUCCUAUGUUAAACUCAUUAAAGGAAGAGCCACAGUGUACAACUGGUGAACAUGGACUCCAAACUACAGGAAUGGUCAAGGAGUUGACGGAACAAUUUCCUGCUGCUACUCCUCUUGCUUUGGUGCUAAAACAGUUUUUAGCAGAUCGAAGCCUUGAUCAGUCCUACUCUGGUGGCUUAAGUUCUUACUGUUUGGUAUUAUUAAUUAUACGUUUUCUUCAGCAUGAGCACCAUCUUGGCCGGCCGAUCAACCAAAAUUACGGAAGUCUUCUGGUGGAUUUUCUUUACUUUUUUGGGAAUGUGUUUGAUCCCCGUCAAAUGCGGAUAUCAGUGCAGGGAAGUGGACUUUAUAUAAAGAGAGAAAGAGGUUGUAGCAUUGAUCCAAUUCACAUAGAUGAUCCUCUUUUUCCAACAAAUAAUGUGGGAAGGAAUUGCUUCAGAAUCCAUCAAUGUAUUAAGGCAUUUUCAGAAGCUUAUAUUGUUUUUGAAAAUGAACUUACGCUCCUAAAUGGUGAUGGCGAAUCUUGCUCUAAGCCAUCUUACAGACGCUUCCCAUCCAUUUUCAAAUCUCAUCUCCUUAAAAUCAAUUCCUUGUAUUGA